AACACAGAGCAACAGAAGGGUGUCACACUCUUUUCAUUUCUUUUUCUGCGGAUUUCUGGAAUAUGCUGCAUCACUUUUCAUUUUAUUAGCAUUGGAUCUCCUCAAUCAUCCAUAUUAGGGAUGAUUUAAACUCCCAGUGAGAUCAUUGGACAGCAAUGGGGGAAGCAGACCUGUGAAGAAGCUGUUGUUCAUGACAAGGAGGAGAAAUGUCCAGACCUCCCUCUCAGACUUCGCCGAAGCUCUACCGGGUCAGUGACAGAGAUCUCACGGAAAUCGAACUUCACUCCGUGGAGUCCAUCAAUGACCUGCACAGGACGCACCCGGAACACAACCACAAAGCGAGUCGACCUCCUCGCCCUGCCUACACUCCCUCCUGCAAUGGAAACCUCUACACCCAGGACAGGUCCGUUCGAGGUCUGCCCGAGAAAAAGAAGUGGCAGAACUGUCUGCAGGACAUGCUGACACCAAGUUCCACCGGGGCCUAUGCCAUGGGCUGCGCCAUCAUCACUCUGCUGCUGCUCACAGUCUUACUCAUCUUCUACUUCCUAGUCCAGCAGGGUGGCGCUCUCCGAAUGCUCACCGAAGCUGUUGCGGAGAAGAAAGCAGCGGCCUCACAACUUGCAAAACUCAUCCAGGAGCUUCAGGCGCUGAGAAGAAACCUUACUCACUUGCAACUUUAGCAGACCAUUCAGAG